CCUCCGUUCGAUUCAACCUCCAUCCUCCACUCGACUAUAUAAAAGCUAGCCGCCGCUGAUGGGUCGCUUUAGUUUUUCACUCUUGCCUGCAGCCUUGUCAGCUGAAAAAGAAAUUAUUCUUUCUUCAUACUUGUCGAUUUUGACAUAUUGAACAAUCAGUAUCGCACGAUGAAGGAAUAUUAUCUUCUCUUAUUGGUCUCGCUAGUGGCUCUGGCCGUCGCCAACGAAAAGUAUACCAGAAAAUAUGAUGAUGUGAACGUGGAAAAAAUUCUCCAAAAUAAUCGUGUUCUCACCAAUUAUAUUCGAUGCCUGAUGGACGAGGGACCUUGCACCGCCGAAGGCCGUGAAUUGAGAAAGACUCUGCCGGAUGCUUUGUCGACCGGUUGUAACAGAUGCAACGAUAAACAGAAAAUUAUGGCGGAAAAGGGGAUAAAUCAUCUUAAAACAAAACGAUCCAGGGAAUGGGAUCGUCUUGUUGCUAAAUACGAUCCACAAGGCGAAUACAAAAAACGCUACGAGAAAUCGUAAUUUUUUAAAAGUAUUUUAAUGCAAUUACUACAUUUUUGUAUGAGAAAUAACAAAAAUCAUUGUAAGAUA